CUUACACUGUAAAAAUUCACUUAGAUUUCAGUAGAUAUAUUCCAUCGGAUCACCGUGUACUAACGACAAUGGAACCGAAUAACGAAAGCAUUGAUAUGGUGUCGACACCAUCUGUCACGUACCCUACACCGGCUCAUUCCGUUUCUUUGGAUGAGUCUCAUGACUUUUACAAUAUGUUGCCUUUCGACUCUGUGCCUACUCCGAACGCUUGGUACAUAAUUCGCACCCGAAACUCAAGCAAGAAGCGUUAUUUGUCAGUCAUUAAUGGCAAAGUGUGUUUGCAGGAAAGCCCUCACCCCUGGGGAGGAUUUUGGUGGCGUUCCACCAGCUUGGACGGCUGGAUCGGACUCUAUGAAUUUACGACGGGACGAUAUCUGGGACACGAUGGUAAAGGCAACAUCGUCGUAAAAGCUCUCGCUCAAGGUGAGAAAGAACGUCUUGUGGUUUCGCAUCAGCCGAAGGGUGGCUACCAUUUGUCGAUUCUCAAAGAAGCCACGGAUGGCAUUCAGGCACCGCGAAACGUAUUGCGACCAUUAAAGGAGGACGGCCAAGCGAACCUGCUGUUGCUCGAGUUGAAAGGACACGCAACUGUGUGGGAAUUUUGUAAUGUCGAGAGACCCCAGCGAUAAACAUUAUAUCUUUGUUCUGAAACAAUUUAAAGAGGACAAAUCGUAGUUCAAUCAUUUAUCCAAUUGCUGUCAGCGAAUAAUCGAUGAACUAGUGCACGGG